GCCAGAAUCACGCCUAUCCUUCGCCAUUAACAAUGGCUUCCUCAGCUUUCAUCUCAAUCAAAAGGACCAAAAUACCCUUUUCUCUAAACUCAUUCUCCAUCAUAAAAUUUACCCUUUUCUCCACACUAAUCAAGAACCAUCACCAAAAAAUUUCACCUCAAAUUACUUCUCCACCAGUGCCAAAAAAGCUUCCUUUUACUGUUUCUGCACAUGGGGUUACGUGGAAUGAUCCUUACCAUUGGAUGCGCAAAACCAACGACCCUGAUUUCAUCAACUAUCUUCAGCAAGAAAAUUUAUAUGCUCAGUCUUUUAUGAAGGAUACUGAGGAAAUGCAAAAGAGUUUGUUUUCUGAGAUGAUUAGUAGAAUGCCUUCCAAGAUUUCUACUCCACCUGAACUAUGGGGUCCUUGGUUAUACUACCAGUACAUUCCAGAAGGGAAGGAGUUUCCAGUAUUAUGUAGGAAACUGGCUGCUGAGAGCAAAGGUUGGAUGAAGACUGUAUCAAGUUAUGUGAUUGGCGUUGCUGGGAAGGAACAAAUACUGCUUGACUGGAAUGAAAUUGCAGAAAGAUAUGGAUAUGUGCAUGUGGGUACAUGUAGAGUGUCUCCAGACCACAAUUAUCUUGCUUACACAAUUGAUGUUACUGGUAGUGAGCAGUUUGUGCUUCAGAUUAAGGACCUCCGAAAUGACUGUGUUCUGCCAACCCUGGGAGUUGAAGGGGUUGUCAGUGUGGAAUGGGCUCAAGAUUCUUGUACUUUCUUCUAUACAUUAUCCGACCAGAACCAACGCCCUUACAGGGUACAUUGCAUAAAACUGGGAUCAGAUUCUGUUCAUAAUGUCCCAUUGUUUGUAGAAAAUGAUUCCAGUUUCUGUGUGGAUAUAGCAAGUACAAAAGAUGGAAAGUUUAUUACUGUGAAUUCUAAUUCAAGAACUUCAUCUGAGGUUUAUGUCAUCAAUGCAACCAAUUUGCAGACUGGAAUUCAAAGAUUUUGUAAGCGUGUGUCUGGUGUGCAAUACUUUCUUGAACAUCAUCAUGGCUUUUUCUAUGUUCUCACUAAUUCUCCUAAUGCUGGUGAGGAAUCACCUUUGAGUGGAGAGUAUUAUUUGGCUAGAUGCCCUGUUGAGAACUUGCAGUCAACUUGUUUGCAGAAUAUUAUAGAACCCAGCGAGGACAUUUUCAUCCAAGAUAUGGACAUGUUUAAUGAACAUCUGGUGCUUUUUCUCAACAAAGAGGGUUCCUCAUCGAUAUGCUCUGUAGAUAUGCGAACGAUCAUCAAUUGUGAGGAACAAAUGAAGAUUGAUGGACUUAACCCAUGGUUCUUUCCUCUUCCCUCUGAUAUGUGUACAAUAGCUCCAGGGUCAAAUCAUGAUUUCACACGAUCUGUAUACCGCGCUGUUGUUUCUUCCCCAGUGAUGCCUGAUGUUAUUGUUGACUAUGAUAUGUCUAGAAGAACGUUCUCUGUCAUUCAUCAAGAAGAAGUAAUUAACGUUUCCCACAAUACAAAAUACCACUCUAACAAUGGAGAGAGGAGCAGAAAUGAGUUUCUGGGCACCCCUUUAAAGAAGGAACACAAAAUUCAGAAUAAUGGAGUCCACAGAUGGAGUGACUUUGCUGAAAUUUAUUCCUGUCAAGAAAAAGAAGUGAUAUCGCAUGAUGGUGAAAGGAUUCCUUUAACUAUUUUAUUCUCUCGCAAAGCACAUAAGAAGGGUCAGUCUCCUGGGCUUCUACAUGGAUAUGGAGCAUAUGGAGAAGUGCUAGAUAAAAGCUGGUGUGUUGACCGCCUGAGCUUACUUGAUCGUGGUUGGCUGAUUGCAUUUGCUGAUGUAAGAGGUGGUGGUGCUCCAGAUCCUUCGUGGCACAAAUCUGGAAGCGGAAUGAACAAGUUGAACUCUGUGAGUGAUUUCAUAUCAUGUGGCAAGUAUCUUGUCAGUGAGGGUUAUGUUCAUCAACAUCGGCUGGGAGCUGUUGGUGUAAGUGCAGGAAGUCUUCUUGUCUCGGCAGCAAUUAACAUGCACCCUGAACUUUUUCAAGCUGCAAUCCUGAAGGUUCCUUUCCUUGAUGUGUGCAGUAGCUUGUUGGAUCCCACCUUGCCUCUCACUGUUCUAGACUACGAAGAAUUCGGAAAUCCUCAACUACAUGCGCACUUUGAAUAUAUUUUGAAGUAUUCUCCUUAUGACAAUAUUCCUGAGGGUGUUUGUUGUCCGUCGAUGCUUGUGAAAGCUUCAUUAAACGACUCAAGAGUUGGCGUUUGGGAAGCAGCAAAAUGGGUGGCCAAGAUACGAGAUAAAACGUGCACUAGGUGUUCUUCUUCAGUUAUACUGCAGACAAACAUGAGCGGAGGACAUUUUGGUGAAGGUGGUCGUUUUGGACAAUGCGAGGAAGCAGCUCAUGAAUACGCUUUUCUGAUGAAAGUUCUCGGGGAAUCUUGAACUAAAAUGCAGCUUCUGGAUUUCGAUGAUGGAGGGUUGGUCUAGAGCUAUUGUCCUAAUGACAGAGAGGCUAGCUGGAAAACGUUAAUCAGCUAUAGCUCUGCAUUAACCAAAUGCACUCGGAAACUCCUCGUGGUACUUGA